CGGUGGGUGUGCGGGGAAGGGAAGGCUCCGGACCCUGUUCCCGGACCUUUCGGGAGCCGGGAGGAGCCGAGCCAGGCCGGGAGGAGCCGGGCAAGGGAAUAAGGAUGCUGUUCCCCCUGCCCCUGAGGGUGGCCUGCAGUCUGCUGGGCUGGUUCUCCCUCUACAAGUGGUUCUGCCACCGCUACAGGCACCGGAAUUCCGAGUGGAGCUGCAGGCUGGUCACCCUGACCCACGGCAUCCUGGCCACCUGCCUCUCUGCUUACAUUGGCUUCAUUGAUGGGCCCUGGCCUUUGAGCCACCCAGGAUCACCCAACACGACCCUCCAGGUGCACGGGCUGUGCCUUAGCUUGGGCUACUUCCUCUUCGACCUGUGCUGGUGCGUGUACUUCCAGACGGAGGGUGCCCUGAUGCUGGCCCACCACCUAGUGAGCAUCGUGGGCAUCGCAGCCUCCCUGGCCCUGGGGGAGUCGGCGGCGGACGUCAACGCCGUGAUCUUCGGCAGCGAGAUCACCAACCCCCUGCUGCAGGCCCGCUGGUUCCUCAAGGAGACGGGCUCCUACCACUCCCUGACGGGCGACGUGGUGGAUUUCCUCUUCGUGGUCCUGUUCACGGGCGUGCGGAUCGGGAUGGGGGCCUGGCUGAUGUACUGCGAGCUGGCCUCGCCCCGGCCCCGCUGGUACAUCAAGCUGGGGGGGGUCAUCAUGUACGCCGUGUCCUGGGUGUUCAUGCUCAGCAUCUGCCGCUUCGCCAGGAGGAAGAGCAUGAGGAAGUACCAGGCGUGGAGGAGCCGCAGGUGCCUGAAAGCCAACGGGCACCUGAAAACUCACUGAGGGGGGUGCUGGGGAAAGAUUUCCUCGAGUUCACGCUGCCUGGCGAGGAGGGGGGGAUCGUGCCUGAAGUGGGGAGAGGAGCCAGCACAGGUUAGAGGUUCUGGAGCCAAGUUUAUCCCUGGCGCGGCUCCACUGAGAUCCGUGGAGCUGUGCCAUGGAUUCGUUGGGGCUGCAGUGUUUGGCCUGGCAGGGGCUGGGUGAGCACACGCUGGAUGGCACGAGGGAAGGAAGGGCUAAUUUUAUAUACUGACCAUUAACUAGUCCAGCAGUGCAGGUGUAAAUAGUGGUGUGAGUAGAAAACUCUUUCGGCACCGGUAGAACCUUGGAGAAGAGAGGAGGAGGAGAUAACACUAGGUCUUCAUGUUCAGUGUCCUGUACAGUGUAGGCAGCUAAGAGUGUUCCUACUGGUAGGAAGAAGCGUGUUCUAGUGUUGCAUCAAAUUCCUGGCUCUUCCACCAACUCAUUGUGUGACCUUGGGCAAGUCACAUAACUAACUCUGUGCCUAAUUCCCCAUCUGUGACUUGGGGGUGAUGGAGCUGAUCCAUCUGUGUUAUGCACUUUCAGACUUUUCCUUGAGAGGUGCUACAUCAAUGCAGAGUGAUGGUUGUUACCUGCACUUCGUUCAUUAUCCCAGUGUUCCCUUUGGGAGAAACGGCUUUGGUGGUUGAGCUAGAGUGUGACUCUAGAAAAAUCAGUAUUUUAGGUAGGUUGUUGUUUCCUACCCUUUCUAAUUCCUUUUAAUAACUUAUUUAUUAACAUAUUGGUAACUUAUUUUUCUGUAGUGUCCAGAAGCUCUAAUCAGCACUGGAGCCUUACAGGACUAGGUGCUCUGUGAAUACACCCAAAGACACAGCCCCUGGUGGGAAAUGCUUUUAUGACUUUUCCCUCUUCAUCCCUGACUGUUAAAACUCCAGCCAUCCCCCACAAACACUCCUUUUAGCUCCUUGAGUGACUCUCUGUUAUGAGAAGCCCCAUCAGGACUUGCCAGUAAGGGGUUUUCUGGCCGAUUGUCUGCAGAACACCAAAAUUCCCUCUGCUGUGCUUAUUGACCCAAAUCCAAACUGGGAUUUCUGGUUGAAGAGUGGCCAACAUGCAUCUCCAAAACCCAGUGGCUGAGGUGGAAUUGCUGCCCAGCUCCAAAUUUGUCCUGUGCAAACCAGAGACCUGAUCUUGGCUCUCCUUCAUCUGAAUUGAUGCCUUGACCUCUGGGCUUCGAUUUGUCUCCCUCAUUGGAUCUGUGUCACUUUAUAAACUGAGCAUUUAUAGGAUCAGAGAGACUUAUUUUACAGCUUGAUAAUUAAAGAAGCAGAGAGGCACAGAGUGUGGCCUUUUUUAGUCAAAAAAAAAAGUGAACCUGACUGGGAGAAAAAAUAAUCAUUACUUAUCUGGUCCCAUUUGCAGGGAAACAUUGUCCCCAUUUGGCAGCUUCUGGUGUUUGUUCCACUGCAUGUUCUUCAGCUGUUCCUUUGUUGUUGCUGUCAUUAUUAGGAUCAUUUCAUUUGAGCUUCAGCACUCCAGAGCAGCUCAGGGCCUGAGCCUCCCCUGCAGCAGCCAAAGACCUGAAGAGCCCAAAAAAAGCCCUUCAGAUGAGCAGAGCCAAGUGGUGAGCUGGUCCUGCAAAGGAGACUUGACUCAUCCAGCACUACUGAGCCUUGAAGGGAGACAAGAAGGGCUAGUUGGGGCUUGCUGGUUCUUUCCCAGCUCUCCUGAGCACGUCAAGGAGCCUUUUUGCCUCAGCUUACCCACUUUCUGGAGUGGGUACAGCAUUACCUACCUCGUGGGGGGUUUCCAUGUGACACCAAGCCACCUUUGAUGGAUGUUGGGUGGUUUGUGCUGCGUAAAAGCAAAAUGCUGUUGCUGACUAUGACCCUUCAGCAUCACUUCUGUCACCUGAACAUGGCACUUCCCAGCAUCUGCUUGCCUCCCAGGAGCAGGAGUCCGAGGUGUUUUGCAAAGGUAGGAGCCAAAGGGACUAAGGACAUGCUGCUUCUGGUUCAUGUGGACCCCCCAGGCUGAAGGAAGGAUGUCUGGUGGGUUUUUCCUGGGAAGGAUUGCAGGAAAUCUGGAGCCAGAGGAGGUUCAGCAGCCAGCCUGACCAGGGAAAGGGGCUUUCAGCAGCAAGGCCUGAAGAACAACCCACUUUUUUCUCAGUGCAGCUGUGGACUUGCCCACCAAGAAGAGUUUCCUGGGCAGCCCUGGUGGUCUGGGCUCUGAGGUUUGGGGGGCACUUUGUGUGUGGUUACCUGGACAUCCCACACCUGCCCAGGUGAGUGAGGGUGUCACUGACUGCAGGUACCUGUGGAACACCUUGUGUGGAGAUGUUUUGAUUUACAGUGGCUCAGUGACCCCCUCCUUUGAGCUGGGGGGAACUUGGUUGGAAGGAGAACAUCCAUCAGUGAAUUUAGAGGUUAAACAAAGGCACCAGGAAACAAAAGGGCAAUUAGGAACAGCUUUAUGAGGUGGAGCUACAACAGCAUCUCAGAGCAAGGCCUCGCAGUCUGUCCAGCAUGGACUCACACACCCAGAAACACAACUCCCAAGCUGUGGAGCACAGGGUGGGACCUGUCCUCAGGCUGGUCCAUGGUGGCUAGAGCAAACUGUGAAAGGAAACUGCAGAGCUAGUGUGAGAUAAUAACUUGUGUUUGAAUUACUGUGUAAUAGCAACUAAUGUUCCACCAGUGAAUGGUGUAGAUGGUUUGUAUUAUGUUUUAUAAAAUAAAGAUUAUUUAAUUA